GGGAUGACGCACGUCCGGCGCGGUCGGUGCGUGCGGAGCUGGGCCGGCCAUGCCCGCCGGCGUGCCCUGGCCCACGUACCUGCGGGCGCUGGGCGCCAGCAUGCUGGCCAUGUUCGCGGGGGCAGAGGUCGUGCACAGGUACUACCGGCCGGACCUCAGCAUACCUGAAAUACCUCCUAAGCCUGGAGAGCUGAGAACAGAACUGUUGGGUCUAAAAGAAAGAUCAAGCAAAGGUCAGAGUUCACAACAGUGACCAGAAGUUACUUCCGCUGUGAAAACUAGGACUGAUAAAAUAUUUAUUCAACUGUUUAAGUUGCAGAAAUAUGUAUAUGAAAUACUGGACUGCUUUAAUGCUUUUUUGCUUUCCUUUAAGCAGAGUUUCAGGCAGCAUUUAAAAUAAAUGUACAGCGAGUACUGUUGUUAAAAGUCCAGUCAGUUGUGUGCCAAAAUAAUUGUGACUUCCUAAAUCUGGAUUGCAGUGUAACUGUCCUUCAGAAUAAAGGGUUAAACCAUGACAAAGA